GGUGCUGAGGGGGAAAGGGGGGGGAUGAGAAGGAUCAGUCUGUGUACAAGGGGUUGCUAUGGCAACAUAUCUGGCUAAACAAGCAGCUUGGUCUAAUGAUGGUCACCCAAAGUGCCAUGGCAAUGAGAGUGAGGGGUAGUGGGUUCCCAGCAGCUCCAGUCACCCGGGGAUGAGGGAGAGGAGCAGCACCCAGAGCCACCAGCAGGAGCUGCUCAUUAUCCGGCACCUUCCCCUCUAUAAACACUUGGGAGUCCAGAGACACCGGCUCCCUGUGAUGGAUUCUACGACUUGACUUGUUCCCAGUGAAACCCACCUGCCUCUCCCUCGGCUGGGGGUACUUACCUCUCCUCUCCCAGGGACACAGGGGAUUGGGUGAGAGCUGGGCAAGAAGAAAGACUUGAAGGGACACCUGGGUGCCACUUGUUGCAGUGAGAUCCACCUCCUCCGCUCUCUAUAUCUCUCUCUCUUUCUGUCUGUCUCUAUCUCUCCCUCUGUCUGUCUCUCUCUCUCGUGUGUGACAAACAAGAGGCUCCCUCCUCCAGCUCCACCUUGUGUUCCACCAAAGGGGGGCACCCCAGAUUUCUUACCCCCCAACAGGGUGAAACAGGGCAGAAGGAAGAGCAAGAUGCCCGGGCUCCUGAAUCGUAUCACCGGGGCCCCCCUGCCCUUGACUUCGGCUGAGAUUAGCUCCUGUGUUAGCGGAUACGCUCUGGGGAUGACAGCGUCUCUCACUUACACCAACCUGGAGUCUCAGCCCGUGGAAGCUCUCUUUGUGUACCCGCUCAAUGAGCACACGGUGGUGGUUGGCUUUGAAGCGGUGAUCUGCAGGCGCAUCAUCACUGUGCAAAUAAAGGACAAGGCUAAAAUGGACGAGUCCUACUACGAUUACUGCAGCAUGUCCAGCGGGAGAUUCCCAGAAGGCAAUGGUCGGAUUCUGCUGGAUGAAGACUUGGAGAGGAUCAUUUUUGUAGCCAACCUUGGGAUGGUGCCAGCCCAGGAGAGCGUGUCCGUGUUGAUCAGUACAUCGUCUGAGCUACCUACUCUCUCCAGUGGGGCUGUCAGGGUCCUUCUUCCACCAGUCUGUGUUCCCAGAGUCACCAACUCCACAGUGGAAAACAGUCUCACCUCUGUCUCCCCACUUCGACUGAGAGAGACCGGGCUCACUGGCUCCAGCAAAAAGCUCUGCCUUGCAACACUGCUGGAAACAGAGGCUGUGAACUCCAUUGAAUAUGAACUGACUUUUCACCUGGAGAUUCGAGCUCCAUAUCUCUUAGCAGGUGUAGAAAGCCCCACCCAUGAAAUCCGAGCUGAUGCCGACCCCUCCGCUCCUUCUGCCAAGAGCAUCGUGAUCACGUUGGCCAACAAGCACACGUACGACCGACCGGUGGAGAUCCUCAUCCAUCCCAGUGAGCCUCAUUUCCCACACAUUCUGAUGGAGGAAGGAGACAUGACUCCUAGUGAAUACGAGCAGUUCCUAAGGGGAAAGAGCGACUUCAUUAGAGGCACCAAAAAGGACCCCAGUCCUGAGAAAAAGACUGAAAUAAUUCGGAAGAGACUUAUUAAGGAUAUUUGCCACAACCCGGUGGUGAUGCUGAACUUCUGCCCAGACCUCAAAGCUGCCCAGACAGAUCUGAGUAAGGCGCAGGGGGAGUUCAUCUUCCUAUUGGAUCGCAGCGGCAGUAUGAGUGGAGUCAAUAUCACCAGAGUCAGGGAUGCAAUGCUGGUCAUUCUGAAAAGCCUGAUGCCAAAGUCUCUUUUCAACAUCAUUGGUUUCGGCUCCACGUUCAAGACGCUGUUUCCCUGUAGCCAGAGCUAUAGCGAGGAAAGUCUGGCCAUCGCCUGUGACAGCAUCAAGAGACUUCGAGCAGACAUGGGGGGAACCAAUAUCUUAUCCCCCCUCAAUUGGAUCUUCCGACAGCCGGUGUGCAGGGGGUACCCGAGGCUUCUCUUUCUGCUGACUGAUGGGGCUGUCAGUAACACCGGCAAAGUUAUUGAACUCAUCCGCCAUCAUUCAUCCUUCACAAGGUGCUACAGCUUUGGAAUUGGCCAGAAUGCCUGUCGGAGGCUGGUGCAAGGCGUGGCCAGUGUAUCCAAAGGGAGCGCAGAAUUCCUGAGCGAGGGGGAGAGGCUCCAGCCAAAGAUGUUACAGUCCCUGAAGAAGUCCAUGGCUCCUGUACUGAGCGAUGUCACAGUGGAAUGGGUGUUUCCAGAGAAUUUCGAAGUUCUGAUCUCCCCUGUCAGCUCUAGUUUUCUUUUCCCAGGUGAUCGCCUGGUGGGAUAUGGUGUUGUGUGUAACACUUCUCGUUAUCUUUCCAACCCUCGAUCGGACAAGAGGAGGAGGUACAGCAUGAUGCACUCGCAAGAGUCGGGAAGCUCUGUCUUCUUUCAGUCGCAAGAUUCCUCCGGAAGCGGCAGCUCUAGGGGUCACCAAGAUGCCAGCCUGCCAUUGGGGCACAGUUCUGAUUUUCCUAAUGGGAAAGAGGGGGAAACAGAUGCAGAUUCGGCGUUUCAGCGCAGAGCUUACAGCACCAGUCAGAUUGCCGACCACGAGCCUCGUCCCAAGUCUCACACCCCCAGCGAUCCCAUUACGGCCCAGGAAAGGAGUCCGCUCUGCACCGUCCAAAUCCAAGAACUCAGUUGUGUGGAUCAAACAGACGCCAGUGAAGUUCAGUCAUCCCUAUCUGUCAGCCCAUUUGUCAGCACAACAAAAAUUAGGGGUGAGGGUGCCAGGCGUCCAUCCCUGCUUCAGCAAAGCUGUCUCUCAUUCUGCCACGAUGGCUUCUCCCCCCAACUGAUUCAUGAGAGUCUCCAAGCCGCCGGCACAGGACGACCGGCCACCCAGCAGGACACCUCUCUCUCCCUGAAAUCUUCUUCUGACAGUCAACCCUUCAGCAGCCCGGGGGACCUUGACUGCCAUCACCCUUGUUUCACCUUUGAAACCGAAGUUGCUGCGGAGUCCGUCUCUGAAGCGAGUCCCGGGUUAAAGGGCGUGAUCCCCCAAUCCCAGUCUCAGUGCAAAGCGGUGGUGAGAGGGCUGAAGGGCAACCAGCCGGUGCAAUGGGAGAUCACCUUCAAUAUCCAUGAGCUUUUCAGAGAGCGUGAGGACAGAGAGGACGACGAAAGUGAUUUGUGGAAUGAGACGUUCCAUCACCUGGCAGCCAAGUCCAUUAUACGAGACUUCGAGCAGCUGGCUGAGAGGGAGUGUGAAAUUGAACAUGGUUUGGGCCGCAGAUUCCAGCUGAACGCCAUAAAUGCCAGCAAAGCGUGUAACGUGAUCAGCAAGUACACGGCAUUCGUUCCUGUAGAUCUGAGCAGCAACUCCUACUUACCCAGUGUGGUUGAAUAUGCCAACACAGGUGCUGCCCUAAAGCAGGGUUCCCAGCGCAGUCUGAGUUCGGGAAGCCGACGUCUGAGGGGAUUCUCCAUUGGCCUGGGGCGCUCUCAGUCAACCUGUGCGUCAGAAUCCUCAGAGGAACGAUUUUACAAUGUGGACGAGGCUGCGACAUCCCCUUGUACCACCCCGGUGCCCUCCGGAUGGGAGCGAUGCAGUUUCCCCCAAGCUCCGCAACGCAGUCCCUCAGUCUCCUCGGCGCACUCCCAGAGAUCCAUAGAGAGCCUCUUUGCGGCCAGGCUCAGCCUAAACAAAACCCGACUUUUAACUCGAGCUGCAAAAGGUUUUAUGAUCAAGUCUCCGGGGAAAGGCAGCGAGGAGAGCGAAGGCGAAAAGAACAGCGACUACUUACCUCUGGUCUCCUUACAGUUGGCCUGCGGUGCGUUCCUGUUGAAUCAAACCUUCGCCACCGCCGCCAACGUUCCAUUGGACAGACUGAAGUGGACGUCCCCUUUCAGCAGCCACCGAGCUGCCCUGAGCCCAAUGUCUCACAGCUCUUCUCCUUCCAAAAAGGAAGAGACCCUCCCGGGCGGCAGUGGGCAUUUCUUAGUGCCAGAUGCUGAAUUCCACAGCACCUUGAAUGGGUUCGGGGAAGAUGUUUGUCAACAGAGUCGAAUCCGACACUUAUCAAGCAGCGCCCUGGAUAGCCCACCCCGGGCUUCCAAGGCAACAGAGAAUGAACUGUCCCUUCCAGUUUUACCUCUCAGGCGCUAUUCUUCUCCAGAGAGUGCCCAGGACUCGGCCUCCAUUCACACGGACAGUGGACUGGGCUCAGAGUCUGACAGCACCGAGGUUCAGUCUUGGAUGGAGACCAUAGAAGAGCAACGCAAGUCCCAGCCGGAGAGCAUGGUGUGGGCCACAGCCAUAGCACUUGCCUGGCUGGAGAACAACUCCGCUGCCUAUUUCACAGAGUGGGAGCUGCUGGCGGCCAAGGCAGACCGGUGGUUGGGCAAACAGAAGGUCCCCGAGGGGCGCACUGUGGCUGUUGUGAAGUCUGCCGCCCAGCAGCUCUUUGUGUUGCUCAGACACUGGGAUGACAACCUGCAGUUUAACGUCUUGUGCUACAACCCCAGCAGUGUGUAGGGACGGGCAGAGGGGGCAAUGAAAUAAGGGAAUUCUUUGCAAGUUGUGGCAUGAGUGUUGUUGUGUAAGCUGUUGUGGUGGCAGUUGUGUAAGUGUGGGUCAGAGGUGGUGUCUCAGCAUGGAGGCUGUGAAUGCGUUUGUGUGGCUUGUGACUUGCCGCUGUGUGCUGCAGUUCAGCUCUUGUCUGCACUUUCUGGGUAAGAUCCGUGUGUAAUCUCUUUUUCUUUAUGUAGGAACACUACAGUAAGUGCUUUCUCCCUCUGUAUAUACUGGAGGUAUUUAACAACCCCCCCCCCCAUAGGGUAGAAUGGCAGAUAAUGACUCACAUACAUUAUUACACAGCCAUGCCCUCAUUUGCUGAUUUUCCUAGUGCAUCUGUGCUAUAUAACUGUCACUUUUUACCAAUGCAGCCCUUCCAUAACCGCCAGUUUUACUAGUGAGGCUCUGUUGUUACUGUGAGUUUUAUAGAUGGCAGCCCUGCUGUAACUGUCAGUUUUUCUAGUACAGUCCAGCUGUAACUCUGUCAGUUUCUCUAGUACAGCCCAGCCGUAACUGUAAUUGUCAGUUUUUGUAGUAUAGCCCCUCUUAGAAUGUCAGUUUUUCUAAUGUAUCCCUGCCGUGACUGUCAGUUUUUCUAGUGCCACCCUUCUGUGACUGUCAGUUUUUAGUGGAAACCUGCCAUAGCUAUCAGCUUUUCUAGAGCAACCUUGUUGUGUCUGUGAGUAUAUUUAUGCCAGCUCUGCUGUAAUAUUCUAAUUUUCUGUAGUUGCCCUACCAUAACUAUCAGUUGCUGUCUUGUUUAAGUGAAGCCCCAUAGUAACUGCCAGUAUUUCUAAUGAGUGCCAGCCAGUCUUUCUAGUGCAGCCCUGCCAUAAUUCUCAGGUUUUCUACUAAGUCCCUACCAUAACUGUCAGUUUUUCUAAUUCAGCCUUGCAGCAACUCUCAACUUUUCUAGUGCAGCCCUAAUGCAAUUCUCAGCUUUUCUACUAAACACAUGUCAGUUUUUCUAGUGCCGCCCUGCUGUAACUGUCAGUUUUUUUUCUAGUGAAGCCCAGCUAAAACUGUCAGCUUUUCUUAUGUAACCUUGAAAAGUGCUUGUUUUUUAGUUAAGGCCCAGUGGUCACUGUCAGUUUUUAACAUAACUCAUUUCUACAGUGAUUAAGCAAUGGUGGUGGGAAUAAUUGUAGGGUGCUUGGAGAUUUAUACUGGGGUCCUGAUACACAAUACCCUUAACACUUCGGGGUAAAUUUAUCGAAGAGUGAAGUUCCGCCACUAGAGUGAAAUUCCGCAGC